AUGGCAGUGGAACUUCCUCAGCGCCCGACGCUGUACAUUGACGGGUCGUGGACGCGCUCGAGCGACGACAAGACGCGCCCGACCGUGAACCCGUUUGAUGCCAAGACCCUCGUCGAGGUGGACGAGGCGACGCCCGCGGAUGCGGAGCGUGCUGUUGCUGUGGCGAAGAAAUACUUUACCGAGUCGGACUGGUCGACGAAGCCGUACGCGGAGCGCUGUGCGCUGCUCGACCGCUAUGCGGACCUCUUGCAGGAGCACAAGCCGAAGCUUGCCGAAAUCGAAACGCUGGACACGGGCAAGACGCUCGGCGAGAGCGAGAUUGAUAUCGACGAUGUGACAAACGUGUUCCGUUUCUACGCCAAAGAGGCGCUCAAGCUCGAGAAGGACAAGUCGAUUACCGGCGAGCUCAUCCCCGACUCGGUCAAGAGCACGGUGGUGCACGAGCCGGUGGGCGUGUGCGUGCUGAUCACGCCGUGGAACUACCCCAUUUUGCAGCUCUGCUGGAAACUGGCGCCCGCGCUCGCCACCGGCAACGUGGUGAUUGUGAAGCCGUCGGAAGUGACGCCGCUCUCGACCAUCUACCUCGUGAAGCUCUUGAUCGAGGCGGGCUUCCCCCCGCAGAGCGUGCAGCUGCUCACUGCGUCCGGCGCAUCGGUCGGCCCCACGCUGACCGAGCACCCCGACGUGGACCUCGUAUCGUUCACCGGUGGCCUAGCGACCGGCCGCCAGAUUAUCCGCAGCUGUGCCGAGACGAUCAAGCGCUGCACGGUCGAGCUCGGGGGCAAGAACCCGAAUGUGGUGUUUGCCGACUGCGAUCUGGACUGGGCGAUCGACAAUGUGCUCACCGCCGUCUUUGUGCACUCGGGCCAGGUGUGCUCGUCCGGUGCGCGUCUCAUUGUGGAAGAGUCGAUUGCCGACCGUCUCGUCGCCGGCGUCGUCGAGCGUGCGAAGCAGAUCGUGAUGGGCAGCGGCCUGGACCCCAAGACGGAGACGGGCCCGCUGGUCUCGGCGGAGCACCGCAGCAAGGUCGAGGCCUAUGUGAAGCUUGCGCACGAAGAAGGCGCGCAAGUCCUCUGUGGCGGCGCGCGCCCCGACCCCGCGCAGUUCCCCGAGCUGGCGAACGGCUUCUUUUUCCUGCCGACGGUCGUCGACCGCUGCGACCGCUCGAUGCGCAUCGUGCAGGAGGAGACCUUUGGCCCGAUCCUCACCGUGGAGCGUUUCAAGGACGGUGACGAAGAGACGGCAGUGCGUCUCGCGAACGAUACCAAGUACGGCCUCGCCGGCGGCGUCCAGUCCAAGGACCAGGCGCGUGCCGAGCGCGUCGCCCGCCGCCUGCGACAUGGCUCGGUGUGGGUGAACACCUACGGCGCCUACACCCCUCAGGCCGAGUGGGGCGGCUUUGGCAUGUCGGGCAACGGCCGCGAGCUCGGCAGCAAGGGCCUCGACGAGUACGUCGAGGCAAAGCACAUCUGGGCCGAGACCAAGCCCGCGAUGAUGGACUGGUUCAAAGGUGCUCGUAUGUAG